UGACGUAGCACCACGGCGUCACAGCAAAAAAAAAAUGGCGACCGCCGGGACGCUGGCGAGAGUCGCCCAACUGGGUCGGCGCGUCGCGAGAAGCGGCGGUUUAAUGUUGGACGGCGCGCAGCGGCGCGGGAUAGCUUCGUGCGUCGACCCUUCUCAUGGACUCUCAGAUGAGCAGAAGGAGUUCCAGAAGGUUGCUUUUGACUUUGCAGCCAAUGAAAUGUCUCCACAUAUGGCCGAAUGGGACCAAAAGGAAAUCUUCCCGAUUGAGACGAUGCGCAAGGCUGCCCAGUUGGGAUUUGGCGGCAUCUACGUUCAGCCGGAGGUGGGGGGGUCGGGCCUGUCUCGUCUGGACACAUCGAUAAUAUUCGAGGCCUUGUCCACAGGCUGCGUCAGCACCACGGCUUACAUCAGCAUCCACAAUAUGUGUGCGUGGAUGAUCGACACAUUCGGGAACACGGAGCAAAGGGAGAAGUACUGCCCGGACCUCUGUUCCAUGGAGAAGUUUGCCUCCUACUGUCUGACUGAACCAGGCAGUGGCAGCGAUGCCGCGUCGCUUCUCACAUCUGCACAGCUGGAAGGAGACCACUACAUCUUAAACGGCUCGAAGGCCUUCAUCAGCGGUGGCGGGGAUACAGACGUGUACAUAGUAAUGUGCCGAACGGGAGGCAAAGGAGCCAAGGGCAUCUCGUGUCUGGUGGUGGAGAAGGAAACGCCAGGCCUCAGUUUUGGCAAGAAAGAAAAGAAGGUGGGGUGGAACUCGCAGCCCACCAGGGCCGUGAUAUUUGAGGACUGCGCCGUUCCGGUCGCCAAUCGGCUCGGCGAGGAGGGCCAAGGCUUCAAUAUCGCCAUGAAGGGCCUGAACGGAGGCAGGAUCAAUAUUGCAUCUUGUUCCCUCGGGGCGGCGCAUGCCUGUGUCCAGCUUGCCAGAGAUCACCUGUUGGUACGGAAGCAGUUCGGAGAGACGCUGUCCAACAAUCAGUUUCUACAGUUUAAGCUGGCGGAGAUGGCCACCAAGUUGGUGGCGUCCCGUCUCCUGGUGCGUGAGGCGGCGACGGCCCUUCAGGAGAGCAGGUCCGACGCCGUGUCGCUCUGCUCCAUGGCCAAGCUCUUCGUCACAGACGAGUGCUUUAAUAUCUGCAACCAGGCUCUUCAGAUGCAUGGCGGGUAUGGUUACCUCAAGGACUACGCGGUCCAGCAGUUUGUCCGUGACAUCAGAGUGCACCAGAUAUUAGAGGGAACAAACGAGGUGAUGAGGAUGAUAAUUUCCCGGAAUCUGCUGACGGAGUCGUGAUUCCCGAGAAUUAACGACAAGAUCAUUUCCACAAGCAGCGAGCGAGAACCCAUCGAGACAAACAGGCACUUUGCACACUUUUAUCAUGGACACACACACCUGCGGAUUUCAUGAGCGAACCGUCAGAAUAAUAAAGCUAUAUUUAAGACUUCACAACCUCAGUCCUGUUUGGCGAGCCGUGGGGCUGAAUCGGUCCCGCUAGCUUUCAAGGGCACGCUGUUCAAACAUAUUUUCAUGUACUGUAGUAACUUUUACCAUUUUUUUAUUUGGGUAGACAAAUCCUGUUAUCUGCAUUUUUCUAUGGAAGAAGGGAGUUAACCCCGGCUUGAGUGGUAUUAAAGGCUUUGCCGAUCCCUGUUAAACUGUCAGACACCCAUGGCACACACAACACAUCUCUAUCCGCAAGUGGCCUUUUUACAGAUGGUUUCUGUCUGUGAUUCUGCCCUGCUGUUAUAUGUCAAACCCCGUGAGUGUCUUUUAAAGUGUAAAAUAAUGAAAUGCAGUGUACUGAUUUCGUAGAUAGCGUCAUAUAGUGUACCGUUUUUGUUAUGGGGGGUCAAAUGUGUCUACCAUUAACACUCCAAAUAAAACUA